CUCAAUGACACAAGCGUACAGCGGAGUCCCAGCAUACGGUAAUCGCAGACGUCCAAAGCCUGUGGGAUCACACAUGGGCGCAUGAUCACCGCGUUUCCGUCCAGUGUUCUAUCUCCAGGUCUGGUCUACAAAUUGUUCUGAAAUUAUUUAUUCUGAUUGUUCUUUGAUGUAGAAAGCGUGGUUCGAAGGGAUCGUAAACGAUUUCUCUUCCGUCUUUCUGUUGCUGUAAAUGUUCACGAGGCUGACAAAACCGUGGAAAACGCUGUGUUUUCCAUAAACUACACAAACUUCACAUGGGAAAUAGCAGCUUGUCUCAACACGAUUCUCUGCCGUUGCAUUCUACUGUGGGAAAGAAAUAUCGCUUCAACGCAGACUUUUACGCCUCAAAGUCACUCGCUACUUUCCCAUGGAUUUCACUUCCAGCCUCUGAAAAAGGGGCGUAAGCUACCAUAUGCGGAGAUCAGACAUUCCUACUCUUGCGGUUGCAGAGAACAAUCUUGGGCCACGUACUGAUGGUAGCGCAUGGAAGUUGAAUUAAUGCAGCCGAGCAGAUUUGAUGGUUUAUCACGUUAUCUCAAACUUCCACGUGCCCAUCAUUAAAAGAAAAGGAGGCGUUUAAUUGAUUGGGCAAAAAGGCCUGCAAAAUACAAUCAAAUGAAGUGGUACACUUUCUUAACGGGGGUUUAUGCGACACAAGUUCACCGAAUUUGCUGGUACAUCACAAUAGAAGGUGUAGCAUUUCUGUAGCAUUUCAAUCAGUUUGUGUCAAAUGAUUGAUCUGUCAUUUCACGUGUAUUGAUAUUAGCAGUUUGAUUGUAGUGAUUGUACCAUUACCAACAUACCAUUAUGGCAAACGAGAAUUCAUACGACAACCGAGAUAUUGUUCAAAAUUACAUUUAUCACAAACUUCUUAAAAGGGGAUAUGUGUGGGAAUUCAACAGCAUAGCAGAAAUAGACUCUCCAAAUAACGGUGUAGCGGACAACUCUGAAGUUUACGCUCGGAGACUACACGUAGACGCGGCUGGAGACGACCCAGACUCCCCGGUGCCCUCCCUGCGCUCGCCACCCGACCCGCACACAAGAUUGAACCGUGUCCUCCGCGAGGCAGGGGACGAAAUAGAGAGGAUGUACCAGCGAGACUUCGCGGCCAUGGGGGACCGCUUGCACUUCACCCCAGGCACCGCGCAGAGGAAAUUCACUGCGGUCGCCGAGGAGCUGUUCAGCGACGGCGUGAACUGGGGUCGAAUCGUCGCCUUUUUCGAGUUCGGAGGAACCAUGUGCGUGGAGAGCGUCAGCCGGCAGAUGGUGCCCCAAGUGGAUCUCAUAGCGCACUGGAUGACGGAGUAUUUAGACGGGCCACUCCAAAACUGGAUUGAGGAGAACGGCGGCUGGGAUGCAUUUGUGGAGUUGUAUGGGCAGCCUCGUGGUGCAGUGCCUCCAUCUUGGCCUAACCUGAAGACAGUGUUGGGAAUGGCCGCUCUGGGUGCGGCUGGUGUCACCAUCGGAGCCCUCUUCACCCAGAAGUGAUGGACAAGGGAGGAGGAGGAAGGGGGGCUUGACUCUUCAUCUUCUGCGUUUCAUCCUUGACUUCACUCCUUUUCUUUCGUGACCUCUUCAAAGGCCAGCUCAGUUCUUCAAGAAGUUCUCCACGGCAUUGGGGACUUUCCCCUCAGCAGUGCGGAGAGCCACUGAGCGUCUCCCAGACAACCUUCUUCUUUUCAUCACUCCGUGGCAAUCUUCGGUGUGUCUGUCUGUCCCACUUUUUAUCUCACAAACACAUGUAUUCCCUGAAAUGGAAUGAGGGAGAAAAGCUAAUCUGAGGAUAGCAGCUGUGCUAAAGCACAAGGAACAAGGAACACAUUGAUGCACAACCACAUUUGUCUGUGUGUGUGUGUGUGUGUGCAAAAUGAAGAUGUGAGCAGUCACAUAUGACAUGGCCUAUGACUCUUUCAUACAAUUCAAUACAGGACAAUACAAUACAAAACAACGCAUGGGAAAACAGCAUUCACAAGUAGACAACAAUUAACUUUUAACUGUUAUGGAAUAUAUGGUGCAGAGUGCAGUUUAAAGAACUUUUUUGAACUGAAAUGAACCCAAGACUGAAGCCAUGCUUGACACAUAUAGGCAGCAUUUUGCAUGGUAAUUUUCCAAUGCUUUUUUAAAAGCUCCUUUAUACAAAGCAUGAAUCUGUGAUAACGGUGUUACACAUGGCAAGAAAAAAAAAUCUUAUGAAAAGAAGAAAAUUAAGAAAAAUAUAUGAAAAGUAGAGAAAGGUAGAUAAAGUUGAAAAAUGUCCGGUGUGAAUGUAUAUAGCUCCUUUUCCCUGUGCAUGCAUGUUUAAUGCAAUAUGUCAUUUCUGCAUGCUGCUCCUGAAACAGAAAAAAAAUUAUCUUCUCUCUUUUACUUUCUCAAUUUCUCUUUUUUUCCUUACUUUCCUCCUUGAUGUUUUUGUUUCUCUUUGCAAAGGAGUUGUUGGGGAGAGAGGAUAGACAGAGGGGCUCUUUUGUAUUCAGAUCAGAUGUUGAGCAUCUUUCAUUAAAACUUUCAGCCUUUUUCUUCCUCUAUGUAUGUACUGUAUGUACAUAUGUGUGUGUGUAUACUGUAUGCUUGUGUGUGUAUGUGUGUGUGUUGUCUUCGGUGGCUUUAGCUUUCCACCACACCUGAAUGUAUCUAGUUGUUUGCUUGUUUUAUUUUCUGUCAGUUGUCAUUGUUUAUACAAAUGUAUUCCUUA